AUGGGUGACCACGCCACUACUUCCAAUGAGGACACCUUCGCCAAGGGCAAGGGCAAGGCCGACCCCACCAACGAAGUGAGCAUGGACGAGGAUAGCUCUUCUGAGUCCGAGCCUGAACUGCCCGAAAACGAUGAUGACGACGAGGGCCAGCACGGUGACCCCAUUGACCAGAGCAACAUCAUCCAGGGUGGUCGUCGCACACGCGGCAAGGUCAUUGAUUACUCUAAGGUCGCCGCCGACGACAUGGAGGAUGACGACGAAGAUGACGAGGAAUACGAGAGCCGCGAGGACAAGAACCAGGACGAUGAUGACCAGAUGCGCGAUUAA